UAUCUUCAGCCACACCUAUUCUUCCAUAAAAACGCAACUUUCUAGCUAACGUUUACUUCAGUCAGGUCAGCCGGUUCAACAGGCUCACCAUCGAUUGUUUCAUUUCCUCCUUUAAGAUCUUCUUUAAGUGAACACUCUGAUAAUGGCUCCAUCUCCAAAAUGCCACGGAAAAGCAGGUCCUGCUCCCGGACCAGUGCCGAAUGGUCUUAUUCGCCUCUACAGCAUGAGAUUUUGUCCGUUUGCUCAGAGAGCAAGACUGGUGCUCACUGCCAAGGGAGUUAAACAUGAAAUUAUCAACAUCAAUUUGAAGGAUAAGCCUGAUUGGUUUCUGGAGAAGAAUCCUUCAGGGACAGUGCCAGUAUUGGAAACCUCAAGUGGUCAGGUGAUCUACGAGUCACCAAUCACCUGCGAGUACUUGGAUGAGGCCUACCCUGAGAAGAAACUGCUCCCAUCUGACCCGCUUGAGAGGGCCCAACAGAGAAUGCUGCUGGAUCAUUAUUCAAAGGUGAUUCCAUACUUCUAUAAGAUCUCUAUGGGCAAGAAAAGAGGAGAGGAUGUCUCAGCAGCUGAAGUAGAAUUUACAGAAAAAGUCUCCCAACUACAUGAGUAUCUGGCGAAAAAGAAGACCAAAUAUUUUGGGGGCGAUUCAAUCACAAUGAUUGACUACUUGAUCUGGCCAUGGUUUGAGAGGGCAGAGAUGAUGGGCGUAAAGCAUUGUUUGGCCAACACCCCUGAGUUAAGGAAGUGGAUUGAAUGCAUGUUCGAGGAUCCAGUGGUCAAAGCCACCAUGUUCAACACAGAGGAUCACAAAGUGUUCUUCAACACCUACAUGGACGGAAACCCUAAUUAUGAUCAUGGUUUAUAGAGUAAAAUAACUAUUUUCUUAGUCUAAGUAUUUUUAUACCGAAUAUAUAGCCAAUUGUGCUUUUAAGCCUCAGACCUUAGACUAGAUCCCAGAAGGCCAUGUAAAAAUGGCUACAAUGGGUAUAUUACCAUGUCUGUCUUUCAUACAUGAAUAUAAAUAAACCAAACAUACAUUAUAUUUUGGACAAAUCUUAUAUCCUUGUGUUUAUUCCUUUAAUCACUUAUCUUUCCAGUAGGUCAUGGGGUUGAGUUCCAGAGAAAUCAAGAACUGAUAAAACAUAAAUGUGUACCUUGAAUGCAGUGUAACUUGCUUUGGAUAAAAGCUUUUGCCAAAUGCAUAAAUAUAAAUCUCUCUAUAUAUAACCAGUUUCCUCUUUGGUCACAAGUGAAAUGCUACUGAGCCAUGCACUGCAUGUCAUGGGGCUGCACAACAAUAUUGCUUCCUGGGAGGGGAAACUGCACAACUGCAUAAAAGUUUGUUUAGUGCAUCUCUGUUUAAAAAAAAAUCCAAGACAAAGACUACAAAGAGUAAAACCAGUGCAAAGU